GAGAGACGGUUAGAGAGAAAAUGGGAGGCAGCAUCACCCAGACUGGGAGGAGGGGAGGACAGACAGCGUGAUCGUCCCCCUAUCAGACAGAGGUGGAAGGAAAGUGGGAAUGAGAGACAGACGUGAGGGGAGAAGAGGAGCACAAUGAAGGAGUGCCAUUGUCCAUGCUGGCAGCACUGCCUUUUCACCAUCUGCUGAAAGAGAGAGAGAGAGACAGAGGAGGGAAGAGAAGAGGAGGCAGCCAAACGGAGGAGAGGAUAGAUGGAGAGGAGCUGCCGGCAGUGACUUUGUGAAUUAAUCGAGCGGAAGAGCGGAUCAGAGGAGAAGCACGUUUUUCAGGGAGUGGACGGACGAGAGAUCCAGAAAGAGGAAGGAGAGGACGGAUGACCGGACAGUCUGUGGCUGUUUAAACAUUAAUGUGGUUCUCAUGUGUGCCCAGCUUUAGAUGAAUCGCCAUGGAUUAUCAACUGUAUGCUUUUUAAACCAAAAAAGGAACUACUCUUUAUUCUUUGCCAUUCAUUAAAAAAAAGAAAGAACUCUUGACAUUGAUUAGAGUCACUUUAUACAGAACAAUUUGAUUACUUUUUUUUUUUUUUUUAGAAAUAUAGACUCUCUUUAUGACUUCUGAUUUUCUAUUCUCUAUGAGCAUAAGAUCUACUCUGCAGGAUGUUAUACAAUCAUUGUCUUUGUUAGCUGCUGCACAGAAUAUUCAGGUUGUUUUUAUGCAAGUUUUCUAAACAUCAGUGUUGUCUUUUAGAAGUAAAUGGUUAGUGUAGUUGUUGUUGUUUAUACUGUUAUUAGGAAAGUGUUUAUUGUUCUUUUGAAAUAAUAUCAGACAUACAGUUUUACAUGCCCUAGUUGGAGUCAGUGCAUGCAGCCGACAUGGGAUGUCAACAUUGAUUGGGUUUUAUGGCUGGCGCGACGCUGGUCAAACUUUGAUCAUUUCCUGAAACCUAUUGAUCUUUCUGGGAGUCUGUAGUUUUUCCUCCUGUUGGAUGAAAAGAAGCGCUAAUGUGGAGCCUUUGAUGCAGCAACUAAUUGCUGCCAUGUGAUUUGACAAAGCAGUUAUCUCUUUGUCUGAAGAUUUCUGCGGUUGUCGGGACUUCUCAGAUUAUAUCCUCUGCAGGCAUCUCUUUUAAUGUCUGUUGCCAUAGCAACGGGCGGCAGCUGCAGACAGAACAAGAUGUAAAGUUCUUUUUUCUUGUCUUAUUUCUUAAAACUGGUGCUGUUCCAUUAGGUAAUUGUAUAUAUCUAGUAGACAAGAAGCAGUAGACUUGAUUAGUCCAUGCUUGUGUGCAGUUUUUAGACUUUCUUUCUUAGACAGGAUUUUUUUUUCUUUCCUUGACAGUCUUUGUCUAUGCGAAGCUCGGCAGUCUCCGAGAAUCAGGGUUGUUUCAGGUCACCUGUCUCCCCCUUCCCAUUCUCCCUUCUUUCGUCUUGUGCACGUUGGCUCGGCCCUGUUUGUCCUGAUCUCACCUUUAUCAAUGGCAACCACCAUCUUCAUCAGUAAAGCUGAUGUGCCAUUAUCAGGAAUGACCCGAUAAAUGAGAUUAUCGUACUGGUUUCACUUGUACAUCUCACUCUGUGCAGCUGCUUGGCCUCAAGGCCACUAAUCACCGAUCAUUAGGUGUGCUAAUGUUUGUGACAGUCUGUUCCUAUUACUGCCUGUGUGUAGGUGAUUCAGGAUCUCUCCUCAUGUAGAGGGUCAUCUCCUCUGCAGUCACCUGACCUACACUGUGUCCUGUGCACUAAAACAUCGUUGGGCAGUGUGAGGGUUAACUAUAGCAUUUCAGCACCCCUGCAUAUGGGAACACACCUGGAUUUUCCUCUCUAGUGUUAAUCUUUUGCCUUUUUAAGUGCUAAUUCCCUGUCAGUACUACUUUCUGGUUCUAUUAGGGGUGUUACGGACUGUUUUGUUUGUUCUGCAUGCUCUUUGAUUGUCCAAAUACCGGGUGUCUUUUGUGACUUUUCCAGCCAUACUUCUUUACAGCUUUCUGGAGAUUAUCCCAGCUGGUCUGGCAGUACAUGAGUGUGACUGGAUCCUCCAUGGUGCUUUUUAGCCAAGACCAGAUGGAUGACUAGCUAGAAUUGCUAGACAAUCCCUCUGUGGUGCUAGACUAGUGUAGGCGACUGUUCCUUUGCCAUGCAUCCAGCGCCCACUACAAGCUGGCCCGCUGUACUUCAGACACAGUUAAGUUCUGAAAUGUUAGUGUGUGGGAAAAUUAACCUUUUCACUAGGCAUUACUGAAACAUUGGUGCCAGAUUUACAACGUCGUGUAAGUGGUCUAGGCAAGGUGUGUGUAAACCUUGCUCUCCUUUUGAGGGAGUAAAGGUCAACAGAUUGUAAAUAUGACUAGUGCCUCAAUAGCACUGAGCUGUAGGCCAGCAAGCUUGCUGCAGGACUGUAGGUGUAGUCUUGCCUCCUACUGAGAUCAAACUGCUGCAGACUGUUUUGGGACUUUGGGACUCUGCGAGAGACUGUUAAUGUAAACAGGCUGUUGUUUGCCUUCUAGGUUGGUCUAUGCAGAAUAUGAGAUGUUAUGUGGUUUCUACACGAUAGUUUGAAGUAAAACUGAGAGCUAACCUGCUGCUCGAUAAGCCCUGCCUUAGAUAAGGAAGGAACCGGUCCAAGAACUUUAACACUUGGCUUGUUCAUAUCAUAUGGGGCUGUGUCAACGCUCUUCUCUCAGGUAACUAUAAUCUGUGCUUUGGUGUUUGAACCAGGCAGUAAUACAGUAACAGGGUAAGAAGAGAGGUGCAUAGAGAGAUCAGCAUUAACAACAGUGUGGUUUUAAUUGAGCAUUUCCAGCAGGGUGAGCGAGUUCACGUUCAACUCUAGUGAGCCUCCAGCACCAUUCAGGGAACCCUGGGUUGGGAGUUCACACUGGACCAAUCAGGUCUCAUUACCAUCACAACAAGCCCACCGGUAGUCGUCAUCAGCCAAUGACCUACAUUCUCCGGUGUUACAUCACCACCGUGCUACUGCAUUGUCUAUCGCUGUAGCGGACACAGACAACAUCUCAGAAUCAACCUACCGCUAUCUAAUGGUGCUCGAGAAAAAGAAAAAAAAAACAUCCUAACUGAGGCGGCGAGUUUUAGGCAACACACUUGAACCACGACAGCCUCACUUGUUUUAGCCAUAUCAGGAACUUCAGUCAGGAACGGGCCCGACUCUGCCGGCCCAGUCUUAAGUACUAACUUUUUUCUUUCUGUUUUCUACUAGUGUCUAAAUAGGUGAUCAUGCCUAGCCUCUAGCCAUCCCCAAUCUUAAAGUUAGAGAGGCGGAAAGACAGGGCUCACCAUCAAUACACUAGACAGGGACUGUUAAACAGGACAGCCUGGAGAACGGGCGAGCAGACGAGGGAGGGGGUGAGGGGGAGCGAGAGAUCAUCUGGAAGAGGAGAGAGGAAGUGGUGGCGCGGGAGAGGGCGGAGGCGUUGGAGAGACAGAGGUUGGCAGAGUACAUCGUGUGGAGAAAGAGAGAGGGCUUCCAGGAGAAGAGAGGAGACAGAGAGAGGGGAGGAAAGAGUGCAGAGAAGGGGGACGAGGCUGUGUCAGAAGUAAUCUGGAAGAGGAGAGAAGAAGAAGAAGAAGGAGACGCAGGGAGGGAGAGGGCGAGGGCCAUUCAGAGAGGACAUGAAACCAUUUGGAGGAAGAGGGAGAGGGAAUAAAAGAGGAAUCCGAUUUGAUUUGAAGAUUUGAGAAUACGAUGCAGUUGAAAAGUAGGUGUUAAAGCGUGCCGCGUUGGAUACUAGCCACACAUCAGUAAGCCUCCUCUCUCUUCUUUAGCAGUUCUGGGCUUCAUUGAGCUCUGCAGGUGCUCGCUGUGGUAUCGACCAACUGGAGCUGUGAAUUGUGUGUGUGUUGCUGCCGUGUUGGUGCGCGCAGCCCCCUUGCGAUCCCCUCGUUGGCUGCUAAUAGGAUUUUUAUGGGCCCAUGUCAAGCAGGAUAGAGCUGCCAAGGGGAGUUGCUUCACAACAUGCACGCAUGUGCACACACGCCAACACACACAUAAUCUAAGAAGCAUUGUGGGUAGGAAAGGUUUAUACCGUCUCACUCGCAUGUAAACACAUCACGUACAAGAGCACAGCGCUCAGUGCAGUAAGACACACAUGCGAGGGGGGCGUUGAGAGACAAUCACUUGUGUUGAUUCUCCAUGGUGCUGGCGACAGCUGGAUAACUGGCCAUCACUGAGAGGCUGUUAAGCUGGGACAAGAUACUCACAGAUAUUGUUUUACAUUAUGGCAAAAACACUGAUGAACACUUUGUGGAGAGUUAAACUAUGUCAUCAUCAGUCCCUGGGAACACAAUGAACAUUGACGCAGAUUUAAAAGUGAACUGAUGACAACAUGAUCUGCACUGGUGCACUAAAAACAAACUUUUUUCAUCUGCAUUCUACCAUUAACUGGGACACCACACUUUUCCUCUGCGCCUUUUCUCAUUCUUCUUCCAUUGUGGGUGAAGCUGUUUUUAAGACGGUUUGGUUUCGGCUGCCUGGUAAUGAGUGGAGGACAGACAACCAGACAGAUGGAUGCAGCUCUUACGCUGAGGGAGACAGACAGAUGGCUGUGUGUCCUUUUCGAGAGAAACUUUGAAUACUGAGACAAAGAGACUUUGAUUGAAUCACUAGAGCCUGUGUGGACUUGCGCGGAUAUAAAAACUGACACUGCAGAUUCAUUAUGGAGCUUGUCCCAAAAACCAAGUACACCCACUUUCGAAGUGAAUCACUGAGCUCAACUGAUGAAACAAACUCCAAUCCAUCAUCGUUCCCUCCUUCCAGUCCUGCCACCCCGCUCACUCCCUCCCCCGGUUUACCUUCCUCUCUCUCCUCCUCAUCUCUCACUCCCAUCUUGCCCCCCUCUUCUCCCCGCCCGGCCGAGAACAGCCCCACCACCCUUUGCUCCUUCUUCCCCAGAAUGGGAUCCCUUCGUCUGGGUGUCUCUGCCACUCUUCUCCCAGGACUCAAGGCCUCAAGUAGGCCGCAGCAGGCACAGGCGCCCGUUGAGUCCUCUGGGGACGACAGGAGCAGCUCUAGCUCCUCCCCUCCGCUUCAUCACCCACUCCCCCCUCUAACCGCUCCUUCUCCCCCUCCCCGACCUCCUCUGCAGGAUAUGAACCGGCUAGGAGGGGCGUCCAGGAGGGCACGGGUGGAAGGAGGGCAACUGGGAGGAGAUGAGUGGACGCGCCAUGGCUCCUUUGUCAACAAACCCACCCGUGGCUGGCUGCACUCCGACAGUGUGGUCAGCACCACCGGUGUUUCUUACACUGUACGGUACAUGGGUUGUGUGGAGGUGCUACAGUCAAUGCGAGCGCUCGACUUCAACACCAGAACUCAGGUCACCAGGGAGGCCAUCUCUGUGGUGUGUGAGGCAGUGCCCGGAGCCAAAGGAGCCCAGCGCAGGAGAAAGCCUUCCUCUCGCUGUCUGACCUCCAUCCUGGGGAAGAGUAACCUGCAGUUUGCUGGCAUGACAAUCAACCUCACCAUAUCGACCAGCAGCCUCAACCUGCUGGCCUCCGACUGCAAACAGAUAAUCGCCAAUCAUCACAUGCAGUCCAUCUCCUUUGCUUCUGGAGGAGACCCAGAUACAGCGGAGUACGUAGCAUACGUGGCCAAAGACCCAGUCAACCAGAGAGCAUGUCAUAUCCUGGAGUGUUCAGAGGGUUUAGCCCAGGAAGUCAUCAGCACCAUUGGCCAGGCCUUUGAACUGCGUUUCAAACAGUACCUGAAGAACCCCCCCAAACUGGUCACGCCUCAUGACAGAAUGGCUCCGUUUGACGGCUCUGCAUGGGAGGAAGAAGAUGAUGAGGCAGCUCCACCUCCUGACGUCCCUUACUAUAAUAAUUUUCCUGGAAAACAGCCUCCCCCUGGUGGACUGAUUGACAUGAGGACCCGCCCAGGUGCCACGCUGCCUUAUGGACAACCAGGUCAGAAUGACAUUCACAAGCAGCCGCUGCCGCCUCUGCCAGUGGGAGCCAAAGAAGGGGGACGGGAACUGUUCGAUGACCCUUCAUACGUCAAUGUGGAUAAACCCCGCCUCCCAGUUGCAGCCAAUGGGAAUGCUCACAGAGAUGCUUUUGACAUGAAGCCAUUUGAUGAUGCCCUGGGGGUCUCUGGGCAUAGUGUCCCAGGCUCAGUGACAGCAGCGCCCCCUCUGGUGCAGCAGUUGCAGUGUGAGGCCUGGUUCCAUGGUAGCUUAAGUCGCAGGGAAGCAGAGAGGCUGCUGACCCGCGAUGGAGACUUCUUGGUGCGAGAAUCUGGGACCACACCGGGACAGUACGUCCUCACGGGACAGCAGGGUGGUCAGCCCAAACACCUGCUACUAGUCGACCCAGAAGGAGUGGUUCGUACAAAAGACCAUCGGUUUGAAAGUGUGAGUCACCUGAUCAGCUACCACAUGGACAACAGACUCCCUAUUGUAUCAGCUGGUAGUGAAGUGUGUCUGCAACAGCCAGUAGAGCGCAGGGCCUGACGUUAAACACACACCAAUGAAAUACUCCACCAAAUAUAACGCACUCCUGCAGCAACUCAACUCAACGCAAGACAAACACACCUGCAUUAGCUAUAAGACACACAGCAACACUACACUUGAUACACAUACACAAUAAUAAAUAUGCACACACCAUAGCAAAGCCAAAAAAGACAAAAAACUUCUUUUUCUCUGCAAAAUCACUCACUUGCUGCUGUUGCCACAUAUUCCUUUCUGAAAGCCAAACUGUGACCUGCAGUCCUUGACCCCACCAACUAUCAGGCGCAUCCCUCCACAACGGAGAAGCACUGCUGCAAUUUCUCAACAGCCUACUGUGAACCAGGGAGGAGCCCUUUGCUAAUUUAAGAACGGGGCGACAAAAAAAUGCAAAUUUUUUUACAGAAAAAAAAACUAAUCUUAUUGUACGAUUAUGAAAAAAAAAAAACAGAACUACUAAUCCAUGGAAUUGUGUACAAAGAAAUUGUGGACCUGAAAAGUGAAGAAAGGAGCAUUAAUGGGACUUCGAAUGAGAUUGUAUGCUUUUUUUAGCACCUGUUCUUUCUUUCUGGGAAUGAUUUCCCUCAGACUGUUGCUGGAGUAUAUUAGGCAAAACACAAACUGGAUGGCAGCGGUUCUUUGUUUCAGAGACUGAAUCAGGCUUAAACAUAAACACUUUGAGCCUGUAGCACUUCAGCAGCAAACCUGACUUUGUAUUAAUACUGCCUGGUGAAUAUGCAUAAACAAGUUUGCUUCCAGUCUAAUCAGGAGGGCCACCUUACCCCCAACCACUCCCCUUUUAUGGAUGUUUGAACUUUGACCCCCCUACCCCCAGAGUGAUACCUGGUAAUGAGGAAAGCCUGUAUGCAAAACUGGGGACUGCUAUGCCAUGAUAUACGUUCUUUUUUUCCUUUUUUUUCCUUUGUUAUCUUGGGACUCUUUACUUAUUGGACAUUCUGAGUCGAACGAAUCAGCUGUAUCUCCCUAAUCCCUCUGUAAACACAGAUACACACACACCUUUACACCACACACGAUCUGCACCACCUGUAAUGCCAAAGAACAUGAACUUGGUCGCUAACAGCAGAGAAAGCCUUGAUGAUUAUCAACAGUUAUCUGUCUGGUGUGCUUACAGCAUUGGGUGCAAAUGUAGAUAGGAGAAAAUGCAUAUUAAAUGGGCCUGCUUUAGAGAGCAGAAGAAUCUAGAUGACUGUGCCUGAAUACGUAAUCUAAAAUGAGAUCUUUAAUGUAAAUUGUGCGUUGAUGUCUCCCACAAACACAAUAACUAGUACAUUUUGAGAAGUAUAGACCAGAUCGUUUGACCUGUUGCUUUUCAUUGACUCCUUAGUAUGUGUUUGCAUUGACAAUCUAUGGGUUCUAUCUUUAUCUAGUGUUCUGACUGAAAAGGAGUAGUUAAAGGAGAUCUCUUUAAAUGUUGGCCAAUGACAAAUGUUGAACAUCCUAAGCAAUGAAUUUCUCUCUGCAAAAAUGAUGCAAAUGUUGUAGUAACUGGUUAGGUAAUUUUUGUGUAUUGUGAUGUUGCUUUAUUUUGUAAUCAUUUGAGGGAAUAAUGUCCUUUUUAAAAAAAAAUGAAGUGAUUUGGGGCUAACUGAACAUAAGGACAAAUGUUUUUAGAGCAUUGCUAACGAUGAGAUGCCAAAUGUUUCUCCUCAGUGUGCUUUUUUUCACAAACCUUUGAGGAUUUUGUGGGGGGGGGAGAAGUUCACACUAUUGUUUCUCCUUUCCUCUUCCUCCUCCCUCAGUUCAUGAAGUUGUGUUUUUUUAAUGUCUUUUUUAAUUGUGCCUUGUUUCUUCAAUGCAGUCACGUCACUUCAAUGCAGUCACCUUAUGUACUUAAUUCAAAUGUAGUCGACUACAGGAGAAUCUCACACAAGCCUCUCAGUUAAACAAAGACUCUGCAAAAAUGACACUCCAAUAAACACACAUAAACAGAUCCAGUGAUGGCAAUCUCCUCUGAUGCACAUUCUUGCAUUCAGCUUAUAGUCACAGAUACUUGAUGUCACCAUUUGGCGGGAUAUUUCUUGACCAUCUGUAUAUAACAUUGGUUUUUGACUGGUCAGCUCAGUAUUGGAUUAUUGUUUUCAUAGUUGUAUAUUUAAUGACUCAUUUGAUAAGUAAACACAGAGCCAGGAACCACAGCAUUGAGGUAGCUCUUCUUAAAGCCAAUUGAACUUGUCAAAGAGAAAUAUGAGAAGGGAUCUUUCAACCUAAACCUUAACUGUCAACUAGUAAUCAGACCCUGAAGAGGGCUCACUUGUAAUCUAACACGCACACACACAUACCAGAGUGUCAGCUGGGUCAGUCAGACACUCACACUGUGCUUGCACUCUGUUUGUAGGUCAGAGAUAGGAAAACCAGAGCUUUAAGUUCUGCUGUGUGUGUGUUGGAUCAGACCCACCUGACCCUCUGCAUCAUUAGUGAACUGGUCCCAUGUUAUCAUCCUUUCAUCACGGAUGCCUUUGUUGCAUGAAAAUCCUUUCAAAAAUAACAAUUUUCUUGUGUGUUGUUGGUGGUGGUGCUUGUGUUGAUGAUGCUGUUGUACUUUUUAAUUUGUGUUUUUGAAAGCCAAAGGUUACUUUCAAAUAGCGUGCACAGAUAUUGAUUUUUACUUUUUAUGUUUCUGUUUUAAUACUUUUGUUUUUGUUUGUAGGGAAACAUGUUGGUUUACACCUGUAUCUGAAAAUAUAGAUUGCAUUAUAUAAAUACAUAUAUCAUU